AUGUGGACGUCAUUGCGGAAGGUGGUGUCCUUUGCAUUGGGCUGUGGAUCCACAUCAGCGACAUCGACAACGGCACGAUCAACGACGAGUGGGAGUACCUCACAGCAUGGUCCUCGAUUCAAGCGAUAUCGAUUGCCAGCAUCUGGCAUCAAAGAAGUCCCAGAUGAGACAAACAUGGUCGAAGAGCCAUAUGGUGCUACGCCAAUCCCAGGGGAAUUCAGCCAGCAUGAAGAGAUCAACUACGUCUCCCAAGGAGCUGGUUGGGCAAUCAUGGAUAGCGGUGCAACUCGCACUGUUUGUGGUGAAGCAACCUGGGAAAGGAUCAGCAAGUACCUGACCAUGCGUGACCUUGAAGCUGAAGUUGUUCGAGAUUCAAGGGAUUUCAGGUUCGGUGAUGGGGUCACUGUGCGAUCUCACUACUGUGCCAGAACACCAGUUUGUGUUGGCAAGACCUGGAGAGAUCUGGUGAUUCAUGUGCUGCCCGGUCACACACCUUUACUUCUUGCACGACCUGAUCUGGAAGCUUGGAACGUCAUGGUGGACUACGGUAAGAAGAUGAUCUACAUCGACGGUGUGGAGAUUAAACCUGUCCUGACGGCCAACGGGCACUACAUGAUCAACAUCUUCGACGACUUGCAGGAUGUCUUGCAGAUCAGCGACCUCUUUGUGAAGAACGACGACGACGAACAGGUGUUCUUGGACAGCGUCAUCACCGAGCAGAUCUCUGACGAGGAGAUGGACUUGGAAGUUGAUGUCGGUGAAGACAUGAUCGAUCAAUGUGUGUUCAGCGCUGUCGAGAAGAGCAAGCUGAGCGACAGAAAACUGAAGUUCUGGGAGGUCUACGUCGACGAAGGCAACCUGGGCAAGUAUCUGAUCAAGAACUUCCCCGACGUGGAGGUCCAUCAAUUCUCUCUUCCACAAUGGAACUUUGAAUGCAGGGAAGCUCAACGAGACUUCCGCAAAAUGCUGGCUGAGGAGAAACCUCACCACGUGCUCAUGGCACCAGAGUGCCGUCUGUGGUCUCCCAUGCAAAACAUGAACUACAAGACUCCUGAACAGAAGAAACUCCUGCAGGACAUGCGAAACCUGGAAGAGGAGACGCACCUGAAGUUCUACGAGAACGUCCACAACGAUUGCAAAGCAAUCCAUGCUGACUACACUCUGGAGCAACCAGCUGACGCUAUGUCUUGGAAGACUGACACACUCCAGCGGGUGAAGGGCUACUUUGAGACCGUCUUGGACAGAUGCCGAACUGGACUUAAGGCAUCGCCUGAUGAUCCCAGAUAUGUGCGGAAGCCCACCAUGAUCCGGUCUUCAGCGAGACGGGUGUGCGAAUCUGUCAACUUGCGCUGUCAGUGCACCAACGGGCACACUCAGAUGAUGGGCCGUGGAGCAGUUUUGAAGAAGAUGCAAAACUACGAGCCCGACAUGGUUCGACGAAUGGGCAACGCCAUCUACCAGUCCAUGGAGGAGAUCUGGAUCCGACGUGGCCAAGCUGACCUCAUGAUGCUCGACAUGGUGGAGAAAUCCAACGAAGAGAUGCAGUACUUGGAGCAGAACAAGGAAUUGGUCAAGAUUGGGGGCACUGAAGUCCUCAAGUCAGUGGCCUUACUGCAUCGACAGCUUGGACACCCCAAUGGAUCCAAGUUGGCAUUAGCUGCCAAGGUCAGACACAUGCCUGACGAGUAUGUGCAAGUGGCUCGACGCUACAAGUGUCCUCGGUGCCUAGCAAAGGCGAAACCAAAAUGUGUGAAGGUUGCAACCCUUCACAAAAGCCCACACUUCAAUCACACUGUGGCUUUGGACACCUUCUACCUGGAGUGGGACAAGGAGAAAAAGGCAGUUUUGUCCAUCUUGGAUGAGUUCAGCCGAUAUGAGGUUGACUGCGAAAUCAAAGAAGAAACAGCCGAGAUGGAGAUUGGCUUGUUUGAGUCGGUGUGGUCGAAAUCCUUCGGCUACCCCAAGGUGCUUCGACUGGAUGCUUCUGGUCCCCAUCAAGGUGAAGCCUAUGCAGAUUGGGCAUCAGCGCACGGCAUCCGACUUGAACUCAUUCCUCGUGGAGCUCAUCACAGACUUGAUGGCUUGACGAUUGAGAUCUCGUUCGAGAUCACCAACUUUGCCGGAAGUGAAACUGCAGUAAACGCAGUGAAACUGAACGCAGUGAAACUGAAACCAGUGAAACUGAACGCAGUGAAACUGAACGCAGUGAAACUUAAUGCAGUGAAACUGGACCCUGUGAACUAA